GUCACAACGCGUCCGAGUCGGUCAGGGUCCUUCCUCUUAACCGCCAAGCGCCUCUUCCUCUUUCCUUACCCUUCACUUAUGGACAUGAACUACUCAAACCGACCUCUGUCAGAGGAGCAGCUCCGCAACGUUAUCCAGGGCCCUGCCGACGUCGAGUGGAGGUAUGUUGUUUCGCAAAUGCGGCGUGAAUGUCAGGAAAUCCUUCCAGGUCUCUUGCUAGGCCCCUUUGUCGUUUCUAAAUCUUUCGAUACUCUCAAGGCGCUGCAAAUAACACACAUUGUGUGUAUACGCGACGUGAAGGAAUCGUUCUCUGUCAAACCGCGUUUUCCGGAUCACUUUCAAUACAUUGUGCUGGAUGUCGAAGACAGCGAGGAGCAGAAUCUGAUCCGCCUCUUUCCUCGAGCUAAACAGUUCAUCGAUGACGCGAUCUCUAGAGGAGGCAAGGUUUUAGUCCAUUGCAACGGUGGCAUUAGCAUCUCCCCUGCUUUUGUAGUGAUGUUCGUGAUGCAACACUACCAACUUUCAUGGGAGGAUGCCCUUCACAUGGUACAGAAUCGACGUUAUUGUAUCUCUCCAAAUGGUGGGUUCCUGACCCAACUCAAGGAAUACGAAGCAAUCUACCGAGCAAACCAGGCGGUGUCCUCCUAUCCCACUCGUAAUAAUGGAGUAUCACGAAGGAAGAGAGAACAGAACGACGACGGUGAUGAUUCGGGGGACGAAGAUCGAAUGGAUCGUAAACGAACGCUAGUCGAUAACAACGGUAGCAUCGCUGCAGCCCAUAGCAGCUAUGACCCAAACGCAAUGGAGAUAUCGUAGUCGUCGUUUCCCCAUCCUUCCUUCGCUAUCAUUCUUUCUGUGUAUCUCCGAUUCCAAAGCCCUAGGUUGCUCCUCUAUUUUUGGCAUACUUUCCUACAAAGCCUUGAUUUUGGGCUUUUCUUUCUCCUCAAUCACUCGUUUAGCAUGGAUAUCUGUUUUGCAGUUUAAUAUUCCGGCGAAUACUAUGGCAGCGCCAAGCCACUGUCCAAGUGUGAGAGUGUGCUUAUACACCACAACUGACAAAAGCAUCGUGAAAAGUUUUCGAGUUAAUGUAAUAGUUCUGUCAAGCAUGUAAGUGUCAAGGUAGCUCGCAAGAUUGGAAUAAAAGCCUACACAAGAGUGAGAGAUCCAAAGUG